AUGGAUCAUACACCAAAGAAAUGGAGAAGUAUUAAUGACAUUAUGGCUCAGUGCAAUAUGUGCAUUGUGGAACCUGAGAAUUUUGAAGAGGCUGAUCUAGAUGAGUCAUGGAGAAAGGCAAUGGAAGCUAAGUUGGAAAUGAUAGAGAAGAAUAACACUUGGCAGCUUGUUAAAAGACCUUUUAAUAAACCUGUCAUUGGUGUCAAAUUGGUCUACAAGACCAAACUCAAUCUAGAUGGUACUGUUCAGAAAAAUAAGGCUCGUUUAGUGGCUAAAGGAUACUCACAAAAGCCUGGGAUUGAUUACAAUGAAACCUUUGCCCCAGUGGCAAGGUUAGACACCAUUAGAACCUUGAUUGCUCUUGUUGCACAGAAGGAAUGGAAUCUGUACCAACUGGAUGUCAAAUCUGCUUUCUUGAAUGGAGUCUUAAAGGAAGAGGUAUAUGUGGAGAAGCCACAGGGUUUUGUGAAGGAGAAUGAAGAAAUCAAGGUGUAUAAGCUGGACAAGGCUUUGUAUGGACUAAAACAAGCCAUAAGGGCCUGGUAUGAUGAGAUAGACUCCUACUUCAACAAAGCAGGAUUCAAGAAGUCCUAG